UCGGGCCAGAACAACUAAUUUUUGCGCUUUACAAUUUUGCACCUUUUGGUCAUUAUAUUGAUUCAAGCGAUUCAAUGACGCCUUGGACGCGAGUCGUUUUCCGCUUCAUAGCGGUUAUUCGCGGUUUCCACAAUCCAACCCAGAAGUCUCACCAUUAACCAUUAGGGCUUCGGGUUCGCCAAAUCCAAUUUACCCUUCCGUUAACGUUCCCAAUUUCUUGGGCUUUUUGAUCCUUCCAACAUUCAUUUCCCCCGCCAUCCAAAUAAUUCCCAAAAAAUGUUCAACAAGAUCAUAAAGCUCGCUCACAAGAAAUGCUCCAAAUUGGAAUUCCCCGAAAACGGCCUUCAGUUUUACGAUGUCGUCGUCAAACACGCAUCUCGUAACGCCGCCGCCCCCGCCGCACCCGUCACCAUCACCGGCCCCGCCGUCGUUCCCGCCAUUUCCGACUCUCAAACCCCCCCACCCGCUCUCCCGCCUCCCAAUACCACCGCAAUCGAGCCACUACCGCCGCUGCGAGACGUCGACGAAUCGGAGCACCGGGCGCUGAUCCUUCGUAAAAUACAAGGGUGUUGCUUCUUGUGCGAUUUCUCAGACACUGUCGACUCCGUUAACGAGAGGGAAACAAAGCGCCAGACACUCGAGGAACUCAUUGACAUCAUCCAUUCCGGGUCCUUCGGAUUUAGCGAAAAUCAAGAAGACUUGAUUAACAUGGUGUCCGUUAACAUCUUCCGUUGUCUUCCCCCAGCACCUCGCGGCACAGAAUACUUGGAACCCGAAGAAGACGACAGAUAUUUGGACCCGUCGUGGCCGCACUUGCAGCUCGUGUAUGAUAUCCUCUUGCGUUACGUUGUCUCACCGGAGAUUGAUGUAAGGACCUUCAAGCGCUACAUUGACCAUAUCUUUGUCACGAAACUCGUCGACUUGUUUGAUUCCGAGGACAUGCGAGAGCGCGAGUAUUUGAAGAACAUUCUUCACCGCAUUUAUGGCAAGUACAUGGGGCACAGGCCCUUCAUUAGGAAUGCCAUCAACGACGUCUUCUACCGCUUUAUAUUUGAAACUCAGAGGCACAAUGGUAUUUCCGAGUUGCUGGAGAUCCAUGCUAGUAUCAUCAACGGGUUUGCUUUGCCAAUGAAAGAGGAACAUAGACAAUUUCUAAUUCGGACUCUUAUUCCACUUCACAGGCCCAAAUCUAUUUCCUUUUAUCACGAACAACUGACUUAUUGCGUGGUUCAGUUUGUUGAGAAAGACAACAGGCUUGCAGAUCCUGUGAUCAGGGGGAUGUUAAAGUACUGGCCAGUCUCGAAUUCUCGGAAGGAAGUUCUUUUCCUUGGAGAAAUUGAACUGGUUCUUGAGGCAGCUCAAUGUACUGACUCUCUACGGUGCAUUGCCUCUCUUUUCAGACAGAUCGGACGCUGCCUUAGCAGCUCUCAAUUUCAGGUUGCCGAGCGAGCAUUUUACUUGUGGAACAAUGAGUACUUUAUUAGUUUUGUAGCCCAGAAUCGAAAUGUUAUAUUGCCCGUAAUCUUUGAAGCUUUGGAAAAUAACAUGAAAGGCCAUUGGAGCCAAGUAGUGCAGGGGCUAACGGCCAAUGUGAGGAAGAUAUUUCUAGGGAUGGAUGCUGAAUUGUUUGAAGAGUGUCAAAGACAGUACAUAGAGAAAGAAGCGAAGACUAUAGAGUUGGAAGAGAAGAGGGAGUUAACUUCGGAGAAAUUGGAAGCAGAGGCUGCAUAAGCAGUCGUGAGGAAAGAAUUUAGAUUCCCUACUGUA